AUGAAGAAGAAGAAGGAGAUCCUUCUAAAAUAUCUAAAUAUUUUAAUCCUAAUAGUCCUAAGUUAUACUAUAACUUCUAUAGACUCUAAGAGCUACCUAGGCGUUAUAGAAGGUUAUAAUAUUCCUUUUAGUAGAGUUAUAAGAGAAAUUAAAGAAUUAAAUACUACAGAAAAAGAAAAAGUCUUAAAGGCAAAUACUAAACUAAAAUACCUCUUUGUUACUAAUAUUAAUUUAACUUUAGAAAGGGAGUUAAAUUACUAUAAAGAACAGCAAAAGCCUAUAGUAGGAGACUUAAGCUUAUUUACCUUCUUGCUAGAGGUAAAAGUAAAAGAGAUCUUAAAGAAGAAUAUAAUAAAUUUAUCUAAGCCUAGAGAAGGACCUAUAGGAAACAAAGCAAAUUCUUUAGAGUAG